AUGGCGUCCACCACCGACUCCCGCGCCGACGACGAGGACCAGGUGCGCGUCGCCGACGGCGACGACUACGGCUUCUUCACGGACACGUCGGACAGCGACGGCGACGACGCGCGGAGCUACCUGUCGCACGACGCGUCGACGGCGGACCUGUCGCGCAACUCGAGCAGCACCGACGUCGCGUCGCUCGCGCCGAACGGCCUGAGCCUGCUCAACGCGCUCGUCAUCGACGGCGUCAAGGCGACGCUCGAGCGGUCGCCGAGCGCCGAGGUCUUCGACCUGCCCGUCGCCGGCGAGCGGCCCGGCGCGCCGGCGCUCUUCCAGCGGUGGCACGUCGCGCGGCGGCCGCCGGCGGCCGCGCCGGCGCGGUGGGCGUGCCUCCAGGCGGGCGACGAGCGGGGCGCCGGCGCCGCGUCGCGCGUCGCCGUGACGCUGACGCCGGGCUCCUGCCCGCCGGUCUUCAGCCGCGAGUUCGCCGGCGGCGUCGUCGUCGGCUGCUCCGUCGCGGCCGUGCGCGUCGUCGACGGCGGCGGCGUCGGCUCCGGCCAGCACGCGGAGUACCAGCUCCUCGUGUCGCGCGGCGGCGACUGCCACGUGCGCUGGGUGCGCCACACGGACCUCGCGGCGCACCACGACGCCACGGCGGCGGGCGCGGCCUACGCGCGCGCGCGGUGCGCGUGGCUCGACGGCGAGCGCCGCCGGCGGUCGCGGCGCUCCGUGGGCGACUUCGCCUACCUCGCGGCGCGGCGCCGGGCCUACCUCGCCUGGCUCCAGGAGCUCCUCUUCGCGGCGCCGGCGCCGGGCGCCGUGGAGCGCCUCGCGUUUCCGACGGAACUCGCGUUGAGGCGCGGCGUCGAGAGCCACACGGCCUUCGACCCGCCGAAGCGCGACGAGGGCCGCGCGUCGCCCCUCGCGGCCUACGUCGCCGCGGUUUCGACUCUGCGAUGUUGUGCCUCUGAGAGCGCCUGUUCCGGCGUCGCCAUGGCCGACUCGCCGGCGCGGACGCCGCCGUCGGCGCGGCGGCCUCGGAGCGGGUCGCGGAGCCGGGGCAGCCGCGGGUCGCGGCCGUCGAGCGCGCGGAGCGCGCGGAGCGGCGCGUCGGGCAAGUCCGACGGCGACGGCCUCGACGACAACGUGCUGGCCAUGCUCAACAUCGAGCGCACGAGCAGCCGCAACGCGAGCCGCGAGCGGGACGCGAAGAACCCGCGCCGCGCCGACGCCGCCGCCGCCGGUGGCGAGGACCGCGGGAGACGGCCCAUCGCGCCGAGUUUCGACUCGACGGGAUCCGGGGGCCUCGACUACGAGAACCUCGUCGACGACGAGGCGACCUUGGACUCGAAGGGCGGCGGGCGGCGGGAGUCGCUGAAGAACGCGCUCCGGCGCACGUCCGCCUCCGGCCGGGGCGGCCGCCGCGCGAGCGCCGGCGUGGCCGGCGGCGACGACGCGUCCGCGGCCGAGGUCACGCAGGAGGGGUCCACGGAGUCGCAGUGGCUCCGCGACGAGGCCGCGCGGCGCGCGUUGGAGGAGGAGCGACGACGCGCAUUCACGCCGCGCGGCAACUACGACGCCGCGGGCGCGCAGGACCUCGACGAGAGCACGAACCAGUGCAGGAAAAGAGUGCGAAAUUCCCAACUUCAAAGGCUCCUAUCUCGGCCGUUUUCCACUCGCACGAACAUUUUGUCGGACGCGUGGGACGCGGCGUCCGCGGAGCGGCGCGCGUCGGCCCACGCGUCGAGCGUCACGGAGCGGGCCCACAUGCUCGCGCACGCGCUCACGUUCAGCCGGAGCCCCCAGGGCGGCACGGUGUCGCGGCGGCUCGAGGGUUUAGGCAUGAUCGACACGGAGGUCGCGGACGCGUUGGACCCGCGGACGGACGGCACGCUCGCGGGUUUGGACGAUCUCGGCGACUUCGCCGGCGAGGGCGGCGCGCCGCGCGGCGGCGGCCCGCGGCCGCGGUCGCGGAGCCCGGGCAUCGCGACGUCCGAGAGCGACGGCGAGGUGAGCCUGUUGUCCCGCGGCGACUCGGCGCCGAUGCUCGGGCUCGCGGCGCUCGUCCUGCUCAAGGCCAAGGCGAAGAAGAUGGCGAACCGCGCUAGAAAGCGCGUCAAGGCGAAGAAGAAGGUGUCGAUCCAGGACGGCACGCGGGGCCGCAAGCGCAAGGGCGACCGGAACUCGUCGUCGCGGGACCGCGCGUCGCGGCCGGGAUCCCGCGGCCGCCGGGGCGACCGCGCGCCGUCCGCGGAGCGCGCGGACCGCUCCGAGUCGCCGCCGGAGCCCUGGGGCGAGGAGCACGGGGCGGCGGCGCGCGCGAAGCGCGCGCGGUCGCCGCCGGCGGCGGACGGCCCGCGCGACGCGGGCCGCGACCAGGGCAGCAAAAGAGAGCGAAAUUCCCAACUUCAAAGCCUCCUAUCUCGGCCGCUUUCCACUCGCCGCGACGCGCGGCACACGCGCGAAUCCGGCGGCGGCUUCGAGAGCCUCGGCGGCGGCGAGCCGCGGCCCGACAACGCGUCCUGGGUCCUCAGCGACGAUCUGAGCUACUCGUCGGCGAGCCACGGCGCGCGGCCCGCGACGCCGCCGGAGGUCGUCGCCAUCCCGUACCUCGACGCGCCCCUCGAACGGCCGAAGACGCGGAACGGCGGCGAGCGGCCGCGGCCCGCCGUGACCAUCCCCACGGGCGGCUCGACGACGGACGACUCGCGGUCCUGGGGGUCGCGCAAGGCCAUGGUCGAGGCGCCGGGCCCCGCGCGCGAGCCCGCGCCGCGGUCGCCGCCGAAGUCGCCGCCGCGCGGCAAGCUCAAGGGCCUCGGCGACGGGCCUAAAGGCGACGCCUCGAGCGAGGACGAGACGGAGAACGACGAGGGCUCCUUCCCGCUCCACGUGCUCACGGACGACGAGUCCGCCGCGGAGCGCGCGAAGCUGGCGAACCGCGCGCGCAAGGGCCACGGGGGCAUCUUCGUCAAGGGCGAGACCGCGCUCGCGGGCGCGGACCCGCCCAAGGCGCUCCCCGACGACAAGCGCGUGGACCGGUCCAGCGCCGGCGAGGCGCUCCUGCCGGCCUUCCACGGGCCCCGCGUGUCGCUGCCCGGCGGCAACGUCGAGGACGCGAUCGUCGUGUCGCCGCGGCCAUCGGCCGCCGCGCCGCGGCCCGCGCCCAAGCCGCGGCCGCCGCCCCUCAUGGCGCCGGGCGCCGCCGUCGAGGAGGACAACGUGAGCCUGCUCUCCGAGGCGGAGCUCCACGGCCGCGACGCGUCGCCCGUGCGGCCGUGGAAUUACCUCACGGCGCCGCACCACCGCGUCGACGACGACGAGCCGAGUUUGGAGGAGGCGGGCUCCUACAAGGGCGUGCUCGGCCAGGCCGCGGACCUCGCGUCCCUGACGUCCGCCUUCUCGCGCGAGAGCGGCGAGUCGUCCCUCGACGAGGGGAAGCCCGCGGCGCCCGCGGGCGCCGCGGGCCGCGCGGCGGCGCGGCGCGCGCAAGGCCGCCAGCGCGACCCAACGCCGAGCCCGCGGCCGCCGCGCGCGCCCAAGGCCGCCAUCUCGACGCAGCCCGCGGCCCGCGCGGCGCCGCGGGCGAAGAAGGUCCCCGAGGACGCGAGCCCGACGCCCGACGCCGAUUCGGUCCACACGGCGGAGACCGUCAAAGCCGAGGCGCGGGCUUUCGCGUUGGAGGCCGAGCGGCGCCUCGAGGAGGAGGCCGAGCGGUUAAAAGAGGAGCGGAUGAUCGCCGCGCGGAAGCGACUCACGGGCCGCCCGAAGCUGCCGGAGAACUCCAAGGCCGACGGGUCCCUCGUCAUGGCGCGGCGCGCCCAGGCGUCGGCGGCGGCGGCGGCGGCCCUGGAACGCGUCCGGGCGGACCAGGCGCACGCGCGGCUCUACCGCGCGGCGGAUCGGAUCCGCGCGUUCCGCGGCGCGGACUCCUUUACGACCGCGCGGCUGCUGGGCCUCGUCGACGGCGAUGCCAUCCGCGACGAGCGGCGCCACGCGCGGAGCGAGCGGCUCGACAUGAACCGCGAGGACCGCGACGCGGGCGACGGCGGCCACUUCGGCUACGUGCCCUUUCCGUCGUCCGAGCUCUUCGGCAAGAUCCCGCGGGGCGACGCGCCGCGGACCGUGCCCGUGGCCUUUGCCUUGUCGGCGUCGAACUCGGGCUGGGACGCGACGAAGACGAAGGAGGCCGCGGGCCGAAGUUGGCUCGCGCGGCACGGCGACCAUUUGUCGGACCCGUCGUACCCUGUGUCGUACCGGCCCGCGCCGCCGAAGACGGUCUGCUCCGUGGAGCUCGACGGCGCCGUGUUAAGGGUGUCGCACCCGGAGCCCGCGGGCGACGUCGACGACGAGUGGUUCGCCGACGAGGAUUUGGCGACGGUCCGCGUCCGCGAGUACGCUUUAUCGGACGUCGCGCCGGAGCCGUCGGACGUCGCGGGCGGCCGCGUGACGCUGCGCAGCCGGGCGACGGGCGAGUACGUGGCCACGGUGUCCACGGCGGCCUGGGGCGACGUGUCGCGGUCCGCGCCGCGACCGGCGCCGCGGCCCGCGCCGCCGCGGCGGAGCCACCACCGGCACCGCCGCGCGGCGACGCACCACGGCGGCCGCCGCCGGGGCUCCGUGCCCGCGGCGGCGGCGCGGGGCCGGUCCCCGCGCGCGUCGUCCGCGGGCCUCGACGCGCCGGCGACGCUGCAGGCGUCGACGGCGUCGCUCGCGUCCGCGGCGGAGCGGAGCUUCGGGCGGCGCCGGCGCUGGGGGUCGCGCGACGACGACGACGCGCCGGAGCCCGCCCGGCCGCGGCCGCCCGUCGCCGUGCCGUCCCUGAAGGCGCCGCCGACCCUGGUCCACGUCGACCAGCGGCCCUGGUCCCUGCCGGGCACGCCGCGGUCGCCCGCGCGGAGUCUGGAGGGCGACGACGGCGACGAGAGCUUCGACGGCAGCCUCGGCACGACGCUGGGGCCCUUCGCGUCCAUGUUCGGCGACCCGAGCCAGCGGUCCGGCGCCACGGCCCCGCGCGACGACGCGUCGCUGGAGUUGCCGGAGCUCCGGCGGCGGCCGACGUCGACGCCCGGCCGCGCGGCGGCGAGGGGCGGCGGCGCGCCCGCGCGGCCGACGACGACGCCCGCGCCGCCGCCGGACGCCCGCGACGGCCCGCCGCCGUCGCUCAAGACGCUGCCCGCGCCGCAGCCCGGCGCGGUCCGCCACGAGCGCGAGAUCCGCGUCGGGAGGGCGCCGACGCUGCUGCCCGUGCGGAGUACGCUCGCCGACGACGACCCCUGGGGGGGGCUCUCCGGCUCCGACGGCGGAAACGUCGAGGACUCGAAGCUCUGGGCGACGUGGCUCCGGGACCAGGACCGCGUCGCCGUUCUGGUCGUCGCCGCGGACGCCAAGGACCGGCGCGCGGUGGCCCGGCGCGCGCUGGCCUGCGGCGCGAACGUCGCCCACGCGGCCAAGUCCGGCGCUCAGGCGCUCAAGGUCCUCGCGAAGAUCCGCGUGCUGCGGAAACGCUUCGACGUCGUGCUCUGCGGCGCGGUCGAGGACAUGGAGACGGCGCAGCUCGUCGCGGGCGUCCGCGCGGUCUGGGGCUUCGGCGGCUUCGAGAAGCGCGGAGAACAGGGGGCGCGCGCGGACGAGCGGCGCGGGGACGCGGCGCGGUGCCCGCCGGCCGUCGCGUUCGGGCGCGGGUCGGCGGAGCGGACGCUCGGCGCGCUCGACGACAGCGGCGUCGCGGACUACUACGACUGCGGCGGGCCCUUCGACGAGCACGUCUUCGCGGGCCUGCUGCGGCCCUGGCGCGGCGACUCGACGUCGACGCUCCGCGCGGACGACCCCCGGCGGAGCCGGCGCGAGCGGCCGCCGACGUACCUGCCGAACACGACGUCGAGCACGCCGCGGACGGGCUCCGUCUAA